AUGUGCAACAUAGUUCUGACAGCAGGUCUCUGCCUGGUCAUCGCCAGCUUGGGCUCUUCCGAAAGGCUGGUGUGUUACUUUAACAGCUUGGCCGAAGAUAGAGCAGACGCCGGGAAGUUCACGAUUGAGGAUAUCGAUCCGAACAAAUGUACCCAUCUGAUCUACGCCUUCUCUGACAUCAAUGAUUUCAAUGAGCUGGUCCCCACUAGAAGAGCAGACAUAUUUCGAUAUCAGUUGUUUAAUGGGCUUAAAAACAGAAAUCCUUCACUCAAAACCCUGUUGGCUGUUGGUGGCCCAACCUUUAAUAAAGAAAAAUUCACUACGAUGGUGUCAACAACACAAAACAGAACAACGUUCAUUCAGUCUGCUGUCGCACUACUGAGAAUAUUUCAGUUUGAUGGUUUAAACCUGGACUGGAUGUACCCUGUGGGAGCAGGAGGUGACCAAGACAACAAGCAGAAAUUUACACUGCUGUGCAAGGACCUCAAUGCUGCCUUUGAGACUGAAGGGAAGAAACAUAACCGUGACCGAUUAAUCCUCACAGCAAGUGUCUCUGCUGAGAGAGAGGUUAUUGAUGCCAGUUAUGAAGUCAAAAACAUUACCAAGGACCUGGACUUCCUCAAUGUGCUGACGUUUGACUUUCACAGCUCCUGUGAAGAUGUCACAGGACAUCACAGUCCCUUAUUCAGGGGAUCCCACGAUGUUGGAGACCAAAUCUACUAUAAUACUGACUCUGCCAUGCAGUAUUGGGUGGACAAGGGAGCACCUGCACAAUUGCUAAAUUUGGGACUAGCUGCAUAUGGGCGAGCUUUCUCCCUCUCCUCUGCAUCCAGUGAUGUUGGAGCUCCAGCCAGCGGUGCUGUUAAAGAAGGCUGCUACACUGGUGAAGAAGGAUUCUGGGCCUAUUAUGAGACUUGCCUUUAUACUGAAGGGGCUACAUUCCACUGGAUUGCUGAUCAGAAAGUUCCAUAUGCCAUCACAGAAAACCAGUGGGUGGGAUUUGAUGAUACAGUCAGCAUUAGUGUAAAGGUCAGUUACUUAAAAGCAAAGAAAUUUGGAGGAGCCUUUGUUUGGUCUCUGGAUCUGGAUGACUUCAGCGGAAAGUUCUGUAACCAGAGCAAAAGUCCCUUAAUCAGCCACCUGAAUUCUCUCCUGGUUCAAUGUCCCUGUAAUGGAGUGACAGGCGGGCUGGUCCCCAAUCCCUCAGACAAAACUACUUAUUACGACUGUUCAGGACCAGUGCUCCUAAAGUGUCCAGUGGGAGAGGAAUUCAAGAAAAAAAACAGCACUUGUGAAACAACUCAAACUACCAUAACCACAGCAAUGACUCCCCAUACCACAACUUCUCCCAUUACCACAACAACAAAUCCAACUCCCACCACAACAACUCCCACUACCACAACUCCUGCUACUACAAGUCGUGUUCGAGGUGCCUGUAAUGGACAGACGACGGGGCUGUUCCCCAAUCCCUCAGACAAAACUACUUAUUAUGACUGUUCAGGACCAGUGCUCCUAAAGACCACUGCUCCUAAAGUGUCCAGUUGGAAAGGAAUUCAAGAAAAAAACCAGCACUUGCGAAACAACUACCACAGCCACAGCAAUGACUCCCACUACCACAACUUCCACGACAGCAACUCCGACUACCACAACUCCCACUACAACAACUCCCUCUACCACAAUUCCAACUUCCACAAUAACCACUCCAACUCCAACUAA